AUGGCUGGUUCUGUUGCUUGUUAUGUAUGUGAUCGAGAAUAUUCAGCAAGGAAACAUUUGAAUGUUCAUUUGAGAAAUGUGCAUAAAAUUCAACCUGGUGAAGAAGGUACGAUAAAGUGCUCAAAAAAUGACUGCAGCUUUAAAUGCAAUUUUUUGGCUAAGUUGCGCCUACAUGUGGAGCAGGAGCACAUGGUUGAGAUGGUAAAAGAAAUUAGUGAAUUUCAAACGAAGGACGACUUUAUGAAGUGGAAGUCUGAGGAGGAGAGAAAAACAAAAAGUAGUUUUGUCUCUAGUUAUGGCACUAAGCGUUUAAAGGAUGGCACUGCAAAAACCACCUUUGUAUGCCACAGAAGUGGCACAUUUUCUUCGAAGUCAGGUGGCAAAAGGUUGUGUAAGUCCCAGGGCACUUGCAAGAUGGGAAACCAUUGCUGGUUCUAUAGAGAAGCCAUCGCUGGUAAAAUUGCUGAGGGGGUCACUUUCCAGAGAAUUCUCGAUGAUGUGUGGGACUCAGUUCAUUCCAGCGGAGUGGAGAGGCUGCAUCUCCUGACUCGGCAUGACCUUCAUAACAUUAAGAGAGACUUCGCCAUUGGUGAUGAUCAGCAGCAUAACAUUGAUGAAGUCGGUGUUAGUAUGUGGCUGGAGAAAAUGAAAGACUGUGUUCUCCUCUAUAAGAAAGAAGGCGAGGCAAGGGAAGAUUUUGAUAGGACUGACUCGGUGAUAGUGUUAAUGACUGACUACCAGAAGCAGUUAUUACAGAGAUUUGGACAAAAUAUUGUAUGUGUAGACUCCACACAUUGUACAAAUGUUUACAAACUGUUGGUGACCACAUUGUUAGUGGUAGACGAUUUUGGUUCAGGUAUGCCUGUAGCAUUCUAUGUUUCAAAUCGGGAGACUACUUCCAUAAUGACUCAUCUCUUUAGUGCUGUGAAAGAGACAGCUGGCAUCAUAAAAAGUCUUUAUUCGUGUCCGACUACACUAAUACUUUCCGUGGUGCAUGACCGCAGCUGGCGGAAUAAUUUGAAGAAAGUCCAUGGCAAUGAAGAAAAGAAAGCACUUGUGCACAAAGCUCUUCAUACAUUGCUUGAAGAAGCAGAUAUAGACAAUUUUAAUGAGCUGUUGGAAUCGUUCGUCGGGCAGCUUCAAGCAGAUGAAGGUACAAGAGACUUUGGUGUAAAUUUCUCGUCAAAUUACUUAUUCCGGCCUCAGCAGUGGGCAUACUGUCACCGUCGUAAUCUGGAGGGAAAAACAAACAAUAGACUUGACAGACUACUUGUUGUGUUGAUGAAAUUGGUGUGUGACAAACUGUGUGCUCGAAUGGUUAAAUUGUAUAAGGGUGGCCAUUCAUAUAGAAUAAAUCUUAUUGAGGCUCGUCAUAAAGCUUCAUGUAGUAUUAAGGAGAAUGACAUUACAGUCAAUACUGAUGGUAUAAAAGUUUCAUGUGAAAUCCCAACCACAUUGUGUCGUUCUUGUGUGGACAGUUUAAUUCAUUUGAACAUAUGCAAGCACAUUCAUGCAGUGUCAAUGACGUAUGCAUUACAUUCAAGUGCCACAUUUACACUAAGUGAAGCAACGGUGACAGAAGAGGCUUCUGCCAUUUUGUGUUCACUCACUGCAAACAAAUACUGA